AUGAACUUCGCGCAUCGGCUCCACGCCAGGUCGAUCUCGCGCGGGCUGGGGUUGAUAACGCGACAGCACCAACAACAACAAAGAAAGACUCUAGCGCGUUAUUGGGCCAGCAGUGCGGCUGGUGGAGGAGCUGGAGCAUCGUCGGGAGCAUCGUGGAAGACGGGCCAUGUCGUUAGUGCCCUGGCUGCUGCCAUCGGUGCUGGAUUUGCACUCGGUGUUUAUAACUCUGGACCUACCUCUCUCGGCCUGCCGGGCCCUAAACACGAGGUUUCACCUGUCUACGGCUCGGUCAGGGACUUUGAACGGGCGAUAGUUGAACUGCGGGAGAUCCUAGGCGAGGACGCUAUUAGCACCGAUGACGAGGACCUGCGGCUACACGGAUACUCCGAAUGGUCCACGGUCAAUUGUGACCAGCUGCCUGUUGCUGUGGCGUAUCCCAAGUCAACCGCUGAUGUCUCCAAGAUAGCUCAAGUAUGCUAUAAGUUUAGGGUACCUAUGGUGCCCUUCUCCGGUGGGUCAAGCUUAGAAGGAAACUUCUCAGCUCCCUUCGGUGGCAUGAGCAUCGACUUCGCUCAUAUGGAUAAGAUAAUCAGUCUGCAUCCAGAUGACCUUGACGUUGUAGUGCAGCCAUCGAUUCAAUGGAUGGAACUCAAUGAACGGAUCAAACAUUCAGGUCUGUUCUUCCCCAUUGACCCAGGGCCAUCGGCUAAGAUCGGAGGUAUGAUCGGUACCAAUUGCAGCGGCACCAACGCUGUUCGCUACGGGACCAUGAAGGAUUGGGUUAUAAACUUGACCAUCGUGCUAGCCGACGGACGAGUGAUCAAAACGCGCAGACGACCUCGAAAAAGCUCGGCAGGGUAUAACCUUGCUGGCAUCUUCGUGGGAUCUGAAGGUACGCUUGGACUUGUCACUGAAGCUACGCUCAAGUUGGCUGUCAUACCAGAGGAAACACGAGUGGGAAUAGCUACGUUUCCAUCUAUAAGGGAUGCCGCCAACGUUGCUAUGGCUGUGAUUCGUUCGGGCGUACAGGUCCAGUGCGUCGAGAUACUGGAUGAUGUCCAUAUGGAUAUCAUUAACAGAGCAGGCGGUACGAACAGGACUUGGAAACCUGCUACGACUCUCUUCUUCAAGUUCUCCGGUACUCAUAACGGGGUAGCGGACUCGAUCAGUCGGACGAAGUCGAUUGCUAAAGAGCAUAAUAGCACGUCGUUUGAGUUUGCUAAGACAGACCGGGAGGGCCAUGAACUGUGGUCUGCUAGAAAGCAAACUCUCUGGAGCAUGCUGGCUCUUCGCAAAGAAGGCUCAGACGACGUUUGGUCUACGGAUGUUGCUGUCCCGCUAUCUAGGCUCCCUGAUAUCAUUGAACUCUCGAAGAAAGACCUUGACGAACUAGACCUGUUUGCUGGUAUUGUCGGACAUAUCGGAGACGGCAAUUUCCAUGAAGGCAUAAUUUACAACAGGAAAAAUCCUGAAGAAGUAUCGAAGAUUGAAAAGUGUGUCCAUGACAUGGUCGACCGAGCCCUCGAUAUGGACGGGUCUUGUACUGGCGAACAUGGCAUUGGCCUAGGAAAGAAGAAAUACCUAAUCAAAGAGCUAGGCAUGGACACUCUCAAUGUCAUGCGGAGCAUCAAGCAAUCUCUUGACCCGUUAUGGCUGCUGAACCCAGGCAAGAUAUUCGAUGCGGUGCCUGGUGAGGAAGAAAGGAAAUCAAGCAACAAGUGA